AUGCGGUCGUUAAUGUUCCUCCUCGGCCUGCUGGCUGUGGCCGUCUCCGGGGUCUACAGCACAGCCCUGACCUACAAACUCGGCGCCAACGAAAAGGCGUGUUUCUUCACCAAUGUCGGCCGGGCAAAUGCCAAAGUCGCUUUCUACUUUGCUGUCCAAUCCGGCGGCUCCUUCGACGUUGACUACUCCGUCGUAGGCCCCAACGACAAGCGAAUCAUGGAAGGCCAAAAGGAGCGCCAGGGCGACUUUGUCUUCACGGCCCAAACGCCCGGCGAAUACCGGUUCUGCUUUAACAACGAAAUGUCGACAUUUGCGGACAAGAUGGUGGAUUUUGAAAUUGCGGUCGAAGACGAAUCCACAUCCGCACUCCUCCCCCAAAAAGCAGGCUCGUCGCCCGAACAAACCUCAGAGCUCGAAAACAUGGUGUACAAAAUCAGCAGCCAGUUGAGCACGAUCAGCAGGAUGCAAAAGUAUUUCCGGACCCGGGAGAACCGCAACUUUAGUACUGUCCGGAGUACGGAACAGCGGAUUUUCAAUUUCAGUCUGAUCGAGGUGUUGAUGAUGGUCGGUAUGGCUGCCUUGCAGGUCUUGGUGGUCAGGUUCUUUUUCCAGGGCGCUAGGAAAGGAUACGUAUAA